AUGGCUACCAGCGGCGCCUCUCCCAAUCAUUCUCCUAAGCCCGGAGUCUCCUCCCCGUGGAGUCAGAUUGUCGCUGCUGCUGUGUCUCCUUCAUCUCCUCCACUGCCUGUUGUUGACUCCGCCCUGGUGAAUUCUGCGCUGGUGGAAGAUUCUGACAACGGUGGUGGAAACAAUGUCAAUACCGGGAAGAGACCUGCGUGGAAUAAGCCCUCCAAUGGUGCUUCUUCUUCGGUCAUGGGCGCUGAAUCCUGGCCUGCACUGUCGGAAUCAGCUCGUGCCUCAGCGAAAUCGCCAUCGCCAUCGGAAUCGACGAAGAAUCCGAUGGAUGUGAUGUCCAUGCCACCAUUGCAGGGUUCUGGAAGUGUGGUUUCCUCACCACAGAGGCAAGUUAGGGAUAAUGCAAGUGCAAACAACACUGUGCAGACCCAUCAGAAGUCUUUUAAACGUGGCAAUUUUAACCAAUCUUCUAAUGGAGGUCACCUUCCCCCACAAGUGUCAGGACCUCAAGGUCCUAUGACUCCGGCUGGGUCCCACAACUAUAAUUCUUCACUGAAGGAGCAUCAACCAAGAGCUGGGUUUGUGUCUAAUGAUCAUCCACAACAACGAAAUUCUUUUAGGCACCGGAAUGGUGGUGGUCCACAUCAACGUGGAGACAGUCAUCAUCAUAACUUUGGGGGCAGGCGUGAUCAUGACCGUGGGAAUCAGGACUGGAGUAACCACCGCAAUUUUAACGGUAGAGACAACUAUAUGUCUCCUAGAUUUGUUCCUAGGUUUAUUAGGCCUCCACCGCCUCCUAAUCUUCCUCAACUAUAUCCACCACCACCUCCAAUGCGACCUUAUGGUUCUAUUGGAUAUCCUGAGCUACCUCCUCAGAUGGUAUAUGUUCCACAUCCACCCCUGGAAUCAAUGAGAGGUGUCCCCUUUGUCUCUCCAAUACCGCCUAAUGCGAUGUUUUUUCAACCUCCAGAUAACCCGUUGCACACUAAGAUUGUCAAUCAGAUUGAUUACUAUUUUAGCAAUGAUAAUUUAGUUAAAGAUAUAUACUUGAGGCGGAACAUGGAUGACCAGGGAUGGGUUCCUAUAAAUUUAAUAGCUGGCUUCAAGAAAGUUAAAUAUUUGACUGAAAAUAUUCAGAUUGUGAUAGAUGCUGUUCGAACUUCAUCUGUUGUUGAAAUUCAGGGUGACAAAAUAAGGAGAAGAAAUGAUUGGAGGAGAUGGGUCAUGCCUCCUGCUCAGCUUCCUAAUUCUAGAGGUUCUCAAACCAUUGGACAGCUGGCAGAACAAGUCCAAAAUAUUACUCUGGAAACAACUAACAAUGAUGAUGCUGGGGUAUUAGAUGUUUCACAGAAUAGACCCUUUGGAGAAUUGAAUAGUCAAUAUUUGCUUUCCACUGGCGAGAGUACUGGUCAGGUUGGCAUUCAAGUUUCAGAUCAUUCUAUUUCUGCGAGAAAUUAG